CACAAACCCGAAGAAUACAUUUUCCGCUUAUUUCAGAAAACAGUACAAAUGUCGCAUUAUUUUUGGCAGAUAUUAGUUAAGCUAUGCGUUGUCAGUGUAUAAAUAAAUAUGGAUCCUCUAUCCAAUGAACCUGUGUCUUACAAUUAGAAGAAGUUUUGCAGAGCGUCCUCUCUGGGAUCAGAAGCAGUGAGUCACGCGACUUGUAAACAAACAGGAGGAUGACAGACUGACUUUCAGAAGUUUGAUUGCGCGUCUUCGGUUUUAAGCACUUUGAACGUCUUUUAAAACUUUUGUUCUUGCAUAUCAUGUCGAUUUGAAAGCUGCAGAAAUGAAGAUAUUGAUAUUCUGCGAACUUCAGCGCUGGAUAUUUCUUUGUUUGCAAAUGUGAAUGUGACUGACUGUAAGUUACAUCUUCAAGACUACAAUGACUGUCACCAUGAAGGCAAACAAGUCCUACAAACUUGUGGUGCACAAGAAGGGCUUUGGAGGGAGCGAUGAUGAGUUGAUGAUGAAUCCUAAAGUCUUUCCUCAGGUUAAACUGGGGGAUAUUGUUGAGAUUGCACAUCCAAAUGAUGAGUACAGUCCUCUGCUGCUGCAGGUCAAGAGUUUGAAAGAAGACCUGCAGAAAGAAACUGUCAGUGUAGAUCAGACAGUGGCUCAGGCCUUCAAACUUCGCGCCUACCAGGACGUCAUCAUCAAUAUUGUGGACCCAAAGGAUGUGACUUUGGAUCUGGUGGAGCUCACCUUCAAAGAUCAGUAUAUUGGACGAGGAGACAUGUGGAGACUGAAGAAGAGCUUAGUGAGCACAUGUGCGUAUGUGACACAGAAAGUAGAGUUUGCAGGAAUCAGGGCCCAGGCCAGUGAAUUGUGGGUAAAAGGAGAGAAGGUCACUUGUGGCUACAUUAGUGAAGAUACAAGGGUGGUGUUUCGGUCCACCUCUGCGAUGGUUUAUAUAUUUAUUCAGAUGAGCUGUGAGAUGUGGGACUUUGAUAUCUAUGGUGAUCUUUACUUUGAGAAAGCUGUCAAUGGUUUCCUCUCAGAUCUGUUUGCUAAAUGGAAAGAGAAGAACUGCAGCCAUGAGGUUACAGUGGUGUUGUUCUCUCGUACCUUCUACUCUGCCAAAUCACUGGAAGAGUUCCCAGAGCUCCAAAGAGCAUCAGUCCGUCAAGACCACGAGGGACGUUAUUAUGAGGAUUUCUACAGGGUGGUCGCCCAGAAUGAAAGGCGUGAUGAGUGGACAUCUCUGCUCAUCACCAUUAAAAAACUCUUCAUACAAUAUCCUGUACUCGUGCGUCUUAAAGGAGCAGAUGGAUUCCUGUGCGGACACAAUUCCACUGCUGCUCAGGGAAAUUAUCUGGAAGCUAUCAACUUGUCUUUCAAUGUCUUUGAUAAGCACUACAUCAACCGUAACUUUGACCGUACGGGCCAGAUGUCAGUGGUCAUUACUCCAGGAGUGGGUGUGUUCGAGGUGGACCGCUUACUCAUGAUCCUCACCAAACAGCGCAUGAUUGACAACGGCAUCGGUGUCGAUCUGGUAUGCAUGGGAGAGCAGCCCCUCCACGCUGUUCCACUCUUCAAGUUACAUAACCGCGCAGUGCAUGGAGACUCUAGAAUUGGUGAUGACUACAAUCUUCCUCAUUGGAUCAACCACAGCUUUUACACAUCAAAGAGCCAGAACUCAUGCAGCUGCUUCACACCACGGAUCAAGCUGGCUGGAAAAAAGGCUCAUGCUGAGAAAGCUAAAAGCAGCAAAGAUCACUCCCUUGGUUCACCAAAAGAUGCUGAGAACAGCCUGCUGAUCCAGGUGGACUAUGAUGCAUAUGAUGCGCAGGUCUUCAGGCUUCCUGGACCUUCCAGAGCUCAGAGGUCCACCAACUUCAGGUCGAGUCGGGAGAGGGAGUCAGCCAGCAGGAAAAGUUGGGGCUCAACAGAUGUUGGUGGAGGUUUAGUGGGCAGCUCUCCCCCAACCAGGCCUACAGGACCAGAAGAACAGAGGAGCCUGGCAUCAGAUGAUAGUCUGAGCCACAUCUCCAACAUCCUGCUCAUCCCACGCCCGGCUCAGGGCCAAUACGAGGUCAGCAGCUCCCUUGGGUACACCAGCUGCACAAGAGAAUUGCUAGAAAAGAUGGUAGAAUCCCAGAGAGACUCCAGUGCUCCAGGCCGCUUCACGGUGGGAAGCGCUGAGUCCACCCUGCACAUACGGCCUGGUGGUUACACACCGCAGAGGGCCCUCAUCAACCCAUUCGCCCCCUCACGCAUGCCAAUGAAACUCACCUCCAACCGCCGCCGCUGGAUGCACACAUUUCCUGUGGGUCCUUCUGGAGAGGCAAUCCAGAUCCACCAUCAGACGCGACAGAACAUGGCAGAGCUGCAGGGCAGUGAGCAGAGAGACCCGGCUCGUACCUCUGCCGAACUGCUGGAACUGGCCUAUCACGAAGCUACGGGAAGCAAACGGACCGCAUCCCGUCAUGCAGGAGAGAAUGGACUGUAUAUCACGGGUGUUCCUGAUAAUGUCUCUGGAAGCCCAGCUAGUAGCAACAGCACUGGUGAUUUAUUUUCACUUACAGGAACACCAGUGAACCGUGGUUCUUUUGAGGAUUACUCCAGUCCAGAUCCGAUCCUGCUGCUGUCUGCCCCUCCAACAGUGCCUAGUUUCUGCUGCACGGUUGGGGUGGACUGGAAGUCCCUCACCACUCCCGCCUGCCUCCCGCUCACCACGGAUUACUUUCCCGACCGCCAAACCCUGCAGAAUGACUACACAGAGGGCUGCUACGACCUGCUGCCACACACUGACCUGGAGAGACGUGAUGAUGAGUCUCCAGUGAUGACGGCCCAUCAGGUGUUUGAAGAGUUCAUCUGUCAGCGACUGAUGCAAGGCUACCAGAUCAUUGUACAGCCUAACAGGAAGCCACAGCUGGCUAUAUCCCCGCCCCUCAGUAGCAGUCCCCUUUAUUCCCGAGGGCUGGUGUCUCGACGCACACCAGAGGAGGAGGAGAGUGUUUACUGGCUCAGUAUGGGAAGAACCUUUCAUAAAGUCUGCCUUAAAGAUAAGAUCAUUACCGUCACCCGUUACCUCCCAAAGUAUCCCUAUGAAUCCACACAGAUUCAGUACAGCUACAAUCUGUGUCCUCCACAUGCAGACACCCACUUUUUGCCAUUUUGGGUGGAGUUCAGCCACGAGCGGCUGGAGGAGUACAAAUGGAACUACCUGGACCAGUACAUCUGCUCUUCUGGUUCAGAGGACUUCAGUCUUAUUGACUCUCUGAAGUUCUGGCGCACGCGCUUCUUGCUUUUGCCAGCGGGCGGAGCCAAGCGAGUGGCGGAUGGUGAGGGUCACUGGGACGUGUAUGGGGAGGGAAUGGGGGCAGGGCGGGAUGGCCUCUCUGGCACUGGCGACUGGUCACUUUUGGACGGAUUUAUCCGCUUUUUGGAAGGCCUGAACAGGAUUCGUCGCCGUCACCGAUCUGAUCGAAUUAUCCGCAAAGGAGCCACCAUUAAAGGCCUGCAGGUGACAGGAGCCCUCUCAUCCUACAACCCGGAGCCCAUAUUGCCCCCUGUGGGCAAAAAAGGCACCUCUGCCCUCUCUGCACUCCUGGAGCUGGAUCAGACACAGAAGAGUUUAGAAGAGCAGCAGCUUGCUGCUCAGCAUGGUGGGAAAUCAUGUGGUCCUUUCAGUGAAGCUGCCAGCGUUGCCCUAACAACCACCUAUGUCGAUAGCCCCCGUAAGGAUGCUGCCUUCAUUUUGGACUUUAUUCGUAGUCCACGUUCCUCCUACAUCUGUCACUCUCAGCUGCCAGCUGAACACGUUUCAGCAAAUCACAUAGAGGGAGGGUUGCUGGACAAAGGAGGCAACCAACCAGGAGAGAGAACAUCAGCUACAUCCCAAGCCACAGGAGACCCAACCCCAGGCACUGGUGCAGAGAUUGGUGGGCAGUCAGGAUCCAGUGGAUUGAGUCUUUCCUCAUCUUCCACACUAAUGGAGAUCCUGGAAGCCAUUAAGCAUCCCAUCACUGGAGUGCAGCUUUUGCCAGAUCAGAGGGGCCUGCCUCCCAACUGCUUUGUCAGUGCUGAGGUUGUACAUUGGCUGGUCAGCACUGUGGAGAAUGUUGCCACUCAAGGCAUUGCAGUAGAAAUCAUGCAGAAAAUGCUGGAUGAAGGUCUAAUUACGCAUGCCUCUGGUGAUGCCAUGCGAACAUUUGUCUAUGGGUUCUACCUCUACCGGAUUGUCGACAAAAACAAUGACAAGGCCCCUACGACUCAGCUACCCCCCGCAGGAGCCAAUGCAUGGUCUGCCGCAGCUUUGGAGGACUUCGCCCUGUUCCAGAAAAAGUGGUUUGAGGUGGCCUUUGUUAUAGAGGAACGUCGGCCCUGUGACUUACCUGCCUUCCUCCUGCCCUGGUUGCCCAGCCGGCCAGCCUCGUAUGCAAGUAGGCAUAGCUCCUUCAGCCGCAGCUUUGGAGGACGCAGCCAAGCUGCUGCACUGCUAGGUACACACAGCCGGCUCUGAUCCCAGAGCAGCCAUGCUCCGCACCUUAAGGCAGUAUGCCAUACUCCCUCCCCCGAAAGUUCUGGAAGGGCUAGUUGGGUGAAUGAGUCACACAAAGUCAAAUCAUUUCUUCUCAUAUUACUAAAGCAUUCAGAUAUCAUCUGCGCCAUCUACUAGUCAACCCAACAUCAAUGCGCAAUUGGAAACUUCUGCAACUCAACUAACAUAUAAAGAGUGACAUUGCAACAACAUAUUCUUUUCAGGAAACACCGCUUUUGACUCAGCCACUUCCAUCAAGAAAUUGUACUUAUGCAAAAUUAAUCAUUAUCUGACUUUGUGUGACUCUUCUCCAUUCUGGCACUGCAUGCUGUUGUAGAAAAGUAGGACACCUUUAUUUCAUCCUGUUUAUUCCAGCAAUGGCCAAAUCAUGUCGAUGACACCUUGAUUCCCUUUCUGAAUGAUUGAUGUAGACUGUGUUUGUGAUUCUGCAAUUAUAACAAUCCCAAUUAGCCAUCAAUCGGUGUCACAGUACAUGCGCUCUUCAAAUAGCAUGGUUACAUGUAUUCUAUCCAAUCAGGGCACAAUUGCUUUGCAAGCUGUUCCAAUCAGAGCAUGGACUGAUGCCCCAAUACACCAAUCAAACCGCUGUGUUGGGUGGGCCUAAAUGAUGUCUUGUACACCAGUAGUGCAUGUGGUAAAGUAGUGGCUGUGGUCCAGUAGUGCUGUGGUAUGGGUUCUUCCUGCUCUCCUCCAUCUGUCCUGUUCCCGCUGGAUGAGUGAUGUUCCUGCAUUGUUCCCAAACCCGAGCAAAGCUUUUCUGACAACCCAUUGCCUUUCUGACUUUGCUUUCAGCUUUCAGUGUUUUCCUGCCAUAGAAGCUUCAUACGUCCUACAUGCUUUUAAUACACUGCAUGAUGGAAAAUCACCCUAGAUCUCAGAAUCGUUAGUUCAUUCCCAAUUUUCAUUACAGAUGUCAUGAGCACUAAUUGCCAUAAACUCUUUUAUCGCAAUUACUCUCCAUUGACCCAUUAAAGGUCUUAAUAACUCUAUGCCUGACAGUUGUCAUUUCAUCCUUUUGGCAAUUUCUACCCUCUCUCUGUCUUUCUCGCUCUGUUUUUGCCCCUCCCCUCUCAGCUUCCACGAUUCCAGAGCAGAAAACAGUCACCUUGGAUGUUGAUGUCAACAAUCGCAGUGAUCGGCCUGAAUGGUGUAGUUGCUAUUACCAUGGCAACUUCUCCCUCAACGCUGCCUUUGAAAUCAAGCUGCACUGGAUGGCU